GUUACUUAUGUUGUAGGAUUAUUUACACUGUAACCUGGCAGAACUGUUGAACCACCAUGUGUUUUAUGAUGAAGGUCAUGUUACUUAUGUUGUAGGAUUAUUUACACUGUAACCUGGCAGAACUGUUGAACCACCAUGUGUUUUAUGAUGAAGGUCAUGUGACUGGGGAGGUACUCAUAGAACUUGGCAGAGCUGAGACAUUUGUGUUGAGAUGUGCCAGGAACCAACCAGGUACAGACAACAGCAACCUGCCAGCUGAACACGGCUCCACUCUCUACAAGUUCCUUACACAACCAGACCAUGUGGACCUGGAACAUCUGAAUUUAGAAACUUUACAGAAAGCCAUGCGCCACAUCCGUAAGUGUCAGAAUGAGCUUCAGAAGGCAGUGGUCCAUAGACACAAUGCCAGACAGGUGGUGGCAGAGCUACAACUGACAGCAGACUUACAGUUGGCAGCUUGUAGAAUCGGUCGAGCCCUGGUGAGUGUUGGUCGUAACCCUAACACCCAGUCACCAGGUGGAGCUGGUUACUCUGUCAUCAACCUGGGCAUAGCUAACCUCACGCCUACAGCAAAGACUGAUCUGGCCAACAGACUCCUUGGUAUGCUGGAGCAGUACCGUGUGGUAUGGUACACGGGCAACAUUCCUCAUGGUUUAAAUGAAUCUCUUAACGUCCUCUCUACUAUGCUGAAACAGUACCUUCCUGAGGAGACCCUCUCUAGUGAUUAACUGGAAGACAGGAACUCCCCUGCAUCAAGUCUGAAGGAGUGAUCAAACCAAAACAGCUCUAUUUAUCUAUUUAUUUGAACUGGGUGGUUUACUAGUGCGUUGACUUGAAGCACAUGUCAUAUGUUUGUAGUGGGAAUCUGCUUCCCUUUCAUUACAUAGAUAUUCUUACAGAGAUUCUUCAUGUGGAGGGGUUUAUCACUCACUUUGAAUAAAAUGGCAGCUUUAUACAUGAAAAUAGAAAGAUGGGAGCCAGAAACAGUAUGCAGAGUAAAAUGGAAGGCUUCAUUUAUCAUAUGAUAUUGACUGAUUUGAUUUUGGUAGUUACUGUAAUUUGGGUUCAGGCACUUUGGGAUUUAUUGGAAUUCUGGCACUUUAAUAGAACAAAGUGGGUUUUAAUGUGAAAAUGUGGGUUAGGUAGAAAUGGUAUAAAUAGUAUAGCAUUAUUAAAAUGCAAAUGGGAGGGACCAUAAAUGUAAAGGAAUUUUUAAAGGAUUUGACUUUAUAUUCUCUAAUUAUCCGCCGUUCAGAUGAUGUGAUAUAUAAAUAUAUAUAAUGGCUUGGGGAUAAAUGUUAAAUUGAGAAGUUUAAAGCCUUUUUCAUAAGUAAUUAGUGGUGCACAAUUGAUUUUAUUACAUAUUGAAAAGAUGAGUUUAUCAAUGAUAUGUAUAGGCCUACAUGGUGAAAAUAAAUAUUUAUCUGAUGGAGAAAUCUGGAUGUUAUUCCAUUUAUUAUUGAUGGUCUUCAUAUUAUUUUAUUAAGGAAACUUUCCCCAUUACGUCACUAGUAAACUCCAAGUUAAAUGAAAGAAUUGGUUCUCGAAAUAAUCCAUCAUGUUCAGUGUCUGGAGUUUGUGCCACGUGAGUAA